AUGUUACAGCUGAUGGUGUCAGUUCCAUUCUACCUGGCCAGACUUUUAUUGCUAGAAAUCCUGGCAGAAAGGCUGUGUAGCGGAGAGCUGAUACUGACCCCACAUGACCCGGAUGUCUUCAUGGAGAUGUGCCAGGCACAGUACCGGGCCUGGUGCCGUGACCAGGGUGCAAACUGCACCAACACAAGCCAGAUUCCAGCCAAUGCCACUUGGUUGGUCAGAUGUGAUCAGGCCGAUACAAACCAAACUGAUACUCACUGCGAGGGAACUUGUUCUUACCUGGCAUCUGUGGAAGGAUACGUGCCGGAGCAGCCGAACGUGAACAUAGACAGGGUUCCUUUGACGCGUGUUGUCGAGCUGAGCUGGAGGGCAGAUCCCCAGAGCUUGUCUGAGGUUGUUUAUGUAAUUGCCAGUAGCCAGGCAAACACUACAGCGACACUUGAUAUGGUCCAGCUUUCAGAGGCUGGCAAUGUAACCUACCAGCUGAGAGUCCCUGAUAUCUGCUGGACACCUGAGAUCCGUGUGGCGGCCGUGUCUCAGUUUGGCUCUCGUUGGUUUAGCGAUGUCGUUGACAUACCAGAUUUGAUCCCAGGCCCUCCACAAGACAUGAACCUGACGUCGCUGAACUUUGACCCGGCUAUCGAGGCUGAAUUCAUCUUUUACACUCUGGAGUGGCGUCCCCCUGAUGGGUGGUCUUCGCUUGACUUGGAACUAGAGCACAAGUUUGACUACCUGACUGAAUGUGUCCAGACACCAGAUCUCAUCCCUUUGUCUCUCUUCGUAGACAAAUUCCAGCGGUUUCCUUCCCAGGCACCCUCAAACUCAGCGGCUCAAGGCGCCUUCAGGCUCACAGGCAGGAUACCCACAGAUGCCAUCGGCUGCAACAUCACUUUCUCCAUCAGAGCUAUUUCUCGCUGUAGUGAUGCUGCAGUUGGAGCAGAAGGACGCCACAGUUUGAACUUGAGUUGUGAUAAAGUGCCUGGCUAUAGAGGCAAGAGCUGUGGACCUUCCUCGGUUGUCUUCCCCGGGCCGGUCAAUGACGCCAGGUUUGUGAUUGUUCCUGAUGCAGAAGGCUUGCUGGGUCUGGUAUCAUGGCGACCCCCAGACAGCAUGGGAUCCUUCAACAACCUGGACUCCUACCACGUGUUCUGGGGAAUCAUGGAUCUCAUGAACUCUGACCCCAUCGCCCAGUUGACAGAUUUACUGGGGCAUGCCGCAGUGCCAGGUACGAAGCUGGAGGCCGAUCUGAAUUUAAAUGUAACCUGGCUCCACCCAGAGGAGACCGUUGGGGUCAUGAUCACAGCCGCGGGUCAAGGUCAGGUCAUAGAUUUGCCAUUCAGUGACAUCUACGUACCGGCCAAUGGUAUUACUUCAACAACACAGCCAGGGACAAUAAUUGCAGAUGACGAUAUCAUAAUUGUACUAGAACGAGUCACGGAUCAGUCCUGCUGUGCGGACAUUUUCUGGCGCCGAACUGGAGUAGGUGACGAAGACAACCUGGCUGUGAGCUACGACAUACAGUGGGGCUUGCUGUUUGGCGGCGACAACAUCACAGACGCAACAGCUGCUUUUAUACCGAUAAACACUACAAGGGUUGAACAGGCAUAUAUUACACUGUCAGGCCUUUUGGAAAACACUACUUAUGGAAUCAAGAUCGUACCUGUCUUCAACUUGAGCAACGUUGUCGAAGACCAGCAGGAUCCAGUCUGGAACCAACCUGAGCUUCAUACCUUCACAAUGUCAGCAAGGCAUGCAACAAAACAGUUGACAUCCACUCCAGCCAUGCCCUACACUCAGCAGACCAAGCCUGGGCCCCAAGGCUUGAAUACAUUACACGUGAUCGCUGUAGCGAUGUCUGGGCUACUGGCGUCCGUCGUUGCUCUUCUCAUCUUUGUUCGAUUGAGGCGCCGUCAUCAUCGUCUAGGCAUGGCUGGGGUUGUCAGUGUCACUGAUACUGAGUACAGAGAUUAUGCGGUCUUCUCACCUGGCACAAGCUUGAAUGGAGGUGCUGCCCACUGUCCAGUAGUGUCAGACCAGUGGGAACUGCCUCUGAGCUGUAUUAAGUUCGGUUGCGUGUUGGGCUCUGGAGCUUUCGGUAAGGUUGUCAAGGGCCAAGUCACCAGAGCCAUCUUAACUCACAGGGGCGUGUCUCCGCUGAUUGUUGAAGGUGGGAAGUAUUUCGAUGACGUCAGUACACUUCAUGUCACAGUGGCCAUCAAGAUGUUGCAAGAAGAUUGUGACAGUAUGUACAAGCAGGACUUUCUGAAGGAGAUCCAGCUGAUGAAGACACUUGGCCACCACCAGAACGUCGUCAGCAUGCUGGGAUGUUGCACUCUCCGUGACCCCAUUUGUUUGCUUGUAGAGCAUGCAGAAUUUGGUGACCUUCUGAACUUCCUCAAAGAUGUCCGCCAGAGACUCGUGAAAGUGUCAUCACUCAACAGUCAGUAUGUCAACGGAAACACCACCGUGCUGACGUCAUCAGAUCUGUUGAGAUUCGCACACCAGGUGUCGCUGGGAAUGGAUUUUCUAGCCUCUAAAGGUUUUGUGCACCGAGACCUGGCAGCGAGAAACGUACUGAUGUGUGCCAACAGAACCUGCAAGAUCGGCGAUUUCGGUUUGGCCAGGUACAUCUACGACAAUGUGGUCUAUGUGAACCGACGGGGUGGCCGACUUCCGGUCAAAUGGAUGUCAGUGGAAGCCAUCUUUGAUAUGUCGUUCUCGACGGCCAGCGACGUAUGGUCAUUUGGUAUUUUGCUGUACGAAAUCGUCACCUUGGGUGGGACGCCAUAUCCGACCAUCCCCACACGAGAACUCCUUCGUGAAUUGCAGGAAGGUUACAGAAUGGAGAAGCCGGAAAACUGUUCUAACCAAAUCUAUGAAAUGAUGAUGCAGUGCUGGCAGACAAACCCCAACGACCGUCCCACUUUCAGCCUUCUGUCCCAGUGGCUACAAGCGAUGAUUAAAGACACCAGCGAGACUGACCACUUGGCUGGGAAGCUUGCUCUUGACCUACAUAACUACACG